AUCCACUCUCUUAUAGGCGGUUUGUUUGGAAUUGCUGUACGGCUGUUUUCUUCCAAGCUGAAAGAAAGCUACAUAUCAGUUAAAUUCAAACACUUUUCACUUCGGCUGGGACUUUUGGGGAUUUUUGUAUGUGGAAGAAUGGAUGACUCCAUGAAAGUGUUGUUGCAACGUCUCGUGCGACGAAUACCGACACAAAUGCUAAAGGCAACUCUGGAGAAGUGGGGCCGCCUGACCGCAGCACAGCGUCAGUCUAUGGACUACACCCAGUCAAAAUGGGCCAAAACGCAUGCUCUGCUCACUAUCUGCGAGGAAAACGAAUUGACAAUGAAACACAUAACAGAGCUCGAGAUGAUGUAUGUCAUUGAGAAUCCAAACCAGGGGAUGUGGUACACCUUCCAGCUAAUGGACCCUGAGGAUGAUGCUCACUGUGUGGAACUGACACAGUUCAAAGAACAAUUUAAGUCCCACCUCAGUGAGCUCAUAAGACACGUGUCAGUGAAAAUAAAAAAGCACACAGAUGAGGCCGUGUGGAUUAGAAUUGCAUGGGGAGACAGCUUCUCUCGGCCCAACCACCUGAGACCAACUUAUGCUGUCCACUACCUUCAGACCCCCUACGUGUUUGUGAGCAGUCUGAAAUCGAAACUAAGGCCUCUGCUCUCUCAGGCUUUGACUCUCUCUACCAGACAUCAGGCUAUUAAGGAUGCUAACCUAAGUGGCCGGAAGCUCACUGCCAUCAGAGACCUGCUGAUGAGGCAAUAUCAGCAAGUAUUUCCUACAAAGUAUUCCAGUCCUCUUGCAGAGAAGACUCAAACUGUCCCAAAUAUGCACAUAGAAAAAGAACAAGCUGAGGCUGCUGAAAACAGGCAUCAGAUGGCAGGUGAAGCAUUCGGGGAGGGGACAUUACCCCAGCUACAGUCGGCUGUUUAUAAGCUGGAAACAAAAUUCAGAGACCCCACCAAUGAGACCAUGACAGAGCGGGACGAGACAUUCAGAUGUGUAGUAAAAUUUUCAAGCACAAACCUCCUGGAGUCCCUUCGGCACUGUGCAUCCUCAGGAAUUGCGUCGACCCCUGUCACACCCCUGCUUUCAUCCAUUCCAUUAAAAGGAAGGAAUUAUUUUGUCAUCACAGAUAAUGCCCCUGGUCCGUCCUCACAGAUGCGCCAAACACAGGCAUGGAGCCUUUCAGUCAGAACUGAGGGAUGGUGUGCCUGCUCACAUCCAAUGCUGCUCCGGGGGCUCUCUGCCAAGCACAGAAUGGACUGUCAACACAGAAACAUGGCCGCCUCUGCAACGGGCAAAACGAGUAAAGGCAGCACGACGAUGGACAGCCUGAAAUGCCACGGGGAGUCUCUUUCGCAGAGUCGGGAAAUCAUAAAACCCACAAUCAUGGAGUUAGCCAAAGAAGUGAGGACGAACAUCCUCUGCACCGUGGAAGGAUGUGGCAAGAUUCUCCCCAACACACCUGCAUUGAACAUGCAUCUAGUUAAGUCGCACAGGAUAAAGGACGGGAUUAUCAACCCCACGGUCAGAAAGGACAUGAAGGGCUCUCAGAAGCUGUACUGCUGUCCUAUUGAGGGCUGUCCAAGAGGACCUAACAGACCAUUCUCCCAGUUUUCCCUGGUUAAACAACACUACAUGAAGAUGCAUGCAGAGAAGAAACACAAAUGCUCCAAGUGCAACAAUGGAUACAGCACAGAAUGGGACCUGAAGAGACACAUGGAGGAUUGUGGGAAGACCUACCAGUGCACAUGCGGCUGCCCCUACGCCAGCAGGGCUGCUUUGCUAGUUCCUCCAGUUAAAAAGCGAAAGAUGGAAAAACUGUUAAGUGAUUCCGAAAGGGUUAAGAUUAAUGACUCAUCCAUUCAAAUGAUGUCUGCCACUAAAGAAGUGCCUGAGAUGGCUCUGCCUUCUGAUUCAACCAUUGACAUCUCAGACCCUGUGAACCAGAGCUCCAACCCACAUAGAAGCCUGCAGAAGUUGCUCUUACCGAAGCCCAAGAUGGCUUUGGUCAGCGUUCCUGUGAUGCAUCUGGCCCACCUGCCUGUCCUCCUGCCUUCUACAGAAGGUGGGGGCCUGAGGUCUGUGGUUUUGGCCGUUGACAGCCAGGGUUCUGUCAGCACCCUGCAGCUCCUGCCACAAACCACAGGAGCAGUCGUACCUCAUCUUGACGCAAAAUGUCUGUCGUUCAGAGACGGCAUGCCCUCCUCCCGCUCCAGCAAGGGGCCCGUGAGCACAGGGGUGCAGGUCAGUCUGGAUUCUGUGGGUCCAGAUGACUCGGCCGGCGGUAUGGCGGGACAACGAGGAAGGAGCACCUCCACCAACAUUCAGACUGACAAAUCCUAUCUGUCAAAAGCGCCCGCCGCUGUGGGGGUCGGUGACGCACUAGGGUUGAGUGCUAUGGGCGAGUCCUCAGUUUCGUCCUGCUCCCAAACGGACAUCAGCGUGAGUGCCCAGGUCCUGCUGCCAGUCAGCGUUGAAACCCAGACGUUCUCCUCCCGAAAUAAAUCCACAUCGUCUAUCGGGGCUCAGACAGACAGCCAGUGCCUGAGCCAAAUCCCUUGCUCUUCCUCAUCCUCGCUCCCGUACAAAACGAGUCAGACACAGACGUCCUUUGCCAUUCCACAAGCGGAAGAGAAAGCCCAGGAUCAGGCGAUCAUGUGCUCCGACCUGUUCGAUAACGACUCCCUCAGUGUCUCCACUCAAACAGCCCUGGACAGCCUUAGUGCCGCGGGGAGCAGUUUAUACGAGGACUCAAAGUCAGUGGGCGGGAUGUGCUUUGGAGUGCAGACUCAUGAGCUAAGUCCAAACAACGUGGCAGACAACCAGACCCAAACAAUGGUCUUAUUAACGGACCUUGAAAACAUUCUUUCAGGCGACCAGGUGCUCUCAGAGGCCUCGGCAGGCUGUGGGUCAGCUCUCAGCUCUGUCCAGGAGCAGCACAAUGGGAUAGACUUUGACUUUGAGGAAUUCCUCAACGCUGUGCACAUCCAGACGCAGACUGAAGAGAGCGAGCUGGGCGUCCUGGGCGGUGACACGCCACUGGAAUCCCUGGACAUUCAGACGCAGACCGACUUCCUUCUCAUGGAUGAGCUGGACCAAAGCGAGGGGCCGUGUCGAACCCAAGCUAGUGACCUGGAGCUGUUUGACACUCAGACACAGACGGACCUGAACUUCUUACUGAAUGUCGGAGGCAGCAUGCCCCUGAGCAGCAUCCUGCGACAUUCCAGUUUUUCUAUUAGCACCGAGUCCUCGGACACAGAGACACAGACCGAUCUCCCCUCACUGGCCACGGGUCUUCCCACACAGACGCACGUUGAUCAGGGGGAGCAUGUAAGGCUGCUAAGCAGCACGGAGACGCAGACCAUGACCAGUCAGGCAGAAGGCCUGGGACACCUCUUCCUGACCAGCAACGAAACGCAGACGGUAAUGGAUGACUUCCUGUCAGCAGACCUGGCAUGGAACAUGGACUCCCACUUCAGCUCUGUGGAAACGCAGACGUGUGCCGAGCUUUAUGCUCUCUUUCAAAACCCCGAAAAACCCAAUAGCUGAGACCCUGUAUGGGAAGCUUUCUGUGGCUUUGCAGUAUAUCUUUUCUGAUUUCUUCCUCUUCCUUUGAGAAGAACAGGCCCACCUGGUCCUCUGGUGGACCAUGAUGAAUAUUGGAAAGAAGUCUGUGAAAAUGUCCAACCAUUCCACUGGGCCUUGACAUCCAAAGCCUUUCCAGGAACAUUCGUAUCUAUCCUGACAGCUUUGCUGCACUUUAUUAGGUCGUGGGCAUGAUUUAUCAGCUCUUGUGAAAGUUUACAUAUUUAUUUGCACAUAAUAUAAAAUGUUGUAUGUGUCUUGUCUAAAAUGCCACAUGAUGAGUGUGAGGGUUUAACCACUGUGAAUAGUUUGUGUUGUUAGUCUCACUGGCAGGUCAGCAGUGAGUUAACAUUUCAGAAAAGGCCCAUCUCUGCACAGCUUUUAGAGAAUGACGCCGUCUCUGCUGUACAGACUGCAAUACUGUACAUUAAGAUUUCAUGAGUCAUUUGCAUGAGGCCGGCAGCACAACAACACUUGUGGCUUUCAGUUGAUGGGAAAGACGUUACCAGCAAGAGCCGUUGUUUUUAUAUGCCCUACGCGUAGGCCAUUGCUGUUGACGCACACCUCUCAAACACGCAGUUUAGACAUACAGAUGUGGCACAAGGACAAACUAAAUGUUUCCGUCUCGUCAUUUAUUGCACAAAUCGCAUUGAAUUGUUGUUGUGAAGUCAGAUCUUUGUUUGUUUGUUUGUUUGUCUGGGUCAGUAGCCAAGCAGUCGGUCAGUCGGUCAGCAGGCUUGGCUGUCACCAUCGUUGACUUAUUCAUAAAUGGUGGUGGUGUAUUCAGUGGCAGCGAGGUGUUGAGGCGAUCCACUGGUGUUGCUGUGCAGUUUUACAGUAGAUCAGAGCAGAGAUUAGCACAGGCGCUUUAUGUAUCCAUCACCCCAUAACUACUGAAAGGAGUCCUGUUAGAAAUCUGAUUACGCCCUUUAUAAGUUUUGGGCAGUGUUAGUUUUAUUUUUGUGUAUUUAGUGUCUUCUAUUGGCUGAAUUUGACAUUUUGUGUUUUACAUGUUAAACUGCGGAUCUUCGCAGUCAGCACAUAAAGGUAAUUUUUUACAAGGAAACAUAGGAUUACAGGCCUUGUGUAACUUUUUGGGGAAUCUUUGUUUUGUUGUUGCCUUAAAUCCAGAUAUUAACCUUAGUUCUGCCACAGAGAGUUUGAUUAUUUAAAAUAACCUUAAUUGUCCAUUCCUGAAAGUGAAUAGAUAUCAAAACCUGUUAGCUCUUUACACUGCAUGAGUAGUGUUUUUCAUCAUGGCUGCAUGAAAUUCUCUAAUGUCCUUUGCUGCUCUCCUCCCUUUGCGUGGAGAGAUUUAUGUUCCCAUUUUAAAAUACUGCUAUGCAGCAUCAUUACUAGAAAAAUACUUUCUUUGAUUCCAUUCAUUUUUUAUGGACGGGCAGUUUAUGUUGUUAAAAGUUUUAGAGGUGCUUAUUGGAGCUGAAUUAUGUACAGAAGGUCACACUGCUCUCAUAACAUCUUAUUUUGUGUCUUUGAACAACGCUUAAAUUUGAAGAUAGGUUGUUUGGAGUUCUGUACAACUCUGAGUAAAGAGUUGGCAUUUCUGCCUCCUGCAGAUUUAGUGGAACAUGGAAAAGCCUUCCUUAAAGAAUUCUACGUAGAAGCAUCGUUUGUCUUAAUUGUCAGUAACAGUGCUUUAUUUUCUCCUGGUAACGGAGUGCAUGCAUGUAAUUUUCCAGCACGAAAUAUUUGAUUUAGACUAAUUCGUUUCCGUUGCCUAUAUGUGUAGAUUUAAUGGAUGCCUUGAUUGAUUGUUGAAGCUACACUUCAGAACAUGUUAAUAAAAAUGCUGGAACGUGA